AUGGCUACCAAGAACGACAAUCCAAACUUCUAUGACUGCCUAAUCAUCGGAGCUGGUAUAUCGGGUAUCAACGUGGCAUAUCGCUUGCAAGAGCAAUCACCUAACCAGUCCUAUGCGAUUCUCGAGGCUCGAGACUCACUCGGUGGCACAUGGGAUCUCUUCAAAUAUCCUGGAAUCCGAAGCGAUUCUGACAUGUACACGUUCGGCUUCGAGUUCUAUCCAUGGAAGCAAUACCGUACGAUGGCAGAUGGAGCAUCCAUCAAGCAGUAUUUGACCGACGCUGCAAACACUUUCGGGAUUGACAAACACAUCCGCUACCGCCACAAACUUGUCUCUGCGAACUGGUCCACAGAUCAACAGAAUUGGAGUUUCUCGAUCCACACGCCAGAGGGGCAAAAGAACAUGCGCUCUCGUUUUGUUGUUUUCUGUACAGGAUACUACGACUACAAUGAAGCCAUGCCUGCUAAUAUCCCUGGAAUUGAGAACUUUCAAGGGAAAGUUGUUCAUCCACAGUUCUGGCCAGAAGAUUUGGAUUACGAGAACAAAGAUGUUGUGAUCGUUGGUAGCGGUGCUACUGCCGUGACUCUUCUUCCCAACAUUGCUAAGAAGACAAACAAGGUCAUUAUGCUUCAAAGAAGUCCGACAUACAUCGCUACAGUCCCCCAAAGAGACAACCUCUCGUACUGGCCUGCCAGGUUCCUCCCUCUCAGCUGGACAUCCAAGCUUAGACGCUUCCAGUUCUUGGUCUUGCCAUUUCUCUUCUUCAAGUUCUGCAAAGCUUUUCCAGACCGCGCCCGGAAACUUUUGCAGAAAGGAGCUGCAUCCCAGCUGCCAGAAGGCUAUCCUAUAAAGCCUAACUUUGACCCAAGCUACGGGCCAUGGGACCAACGAUUAUGCGCCUCUCCAGAUGGAGACUUCUACAAAGCAAUCAAGGACGGACAGGCCGAGGUCGUCACGGCUCACAUCAAGCAGGUCACAGAGAAGAGCAUUCAUCUGGAGGGCUCUGAUCGUGUCUUGACUCCUGACAUUAUCGUCACUGCUACCGGCCUGAAGCUCAUCAUGGCAGGGGGAACCAAGUUGUCCGUCGACAACGAACCUGUCGAGAUACAACACAAGCAUCUUUGGAAAGGUGCUAUGAUUGAGGACGUUCCCAACGCUGCUGUUGUUCUUGGCUACACGAAUGCGUCCUGGACCUUGGGCUCAGAUGCUACCGCGCAAUUCGUUACUCGCCUCUUGAACCACAUGGACAAGAAAGGCUUGUCGCAAGCGGUACCUAGAGUGGACCAGAACUCUGAUAUGCAAGACCAGUCGGUUCUUAACCUCAGUUCCACAUACAUCGUCAAAGCAGAGGGCAAUCUUCCAAAAGCUGGAAACAAGGCACCAUGGCUUCCACGGUCCAAUUACUUGAGAGAUCUUUGGGAGAUGAAGUUUGGCAGUAUCACACACGACAUGCAAUUUUCGAGGAUCUCCACAUAG